GUGUGAUGAGUGUGUCUGCCCCUCCCUGUGUUACUCGACUGGACUUACUUAAGAUGAGCUGUCUGUCGUAGACAGCCUGGCACUUUCUACCUCUACUCGAAGCCUAGAUUUUCAACCUUUUGUCCACAAGAUGGAUGGUUAUCUACAGAAAAUACUGAUCAUUAUGGUCAUGGUGAGCCCUCUUCGAGUUGUUGCCUACCCAAAUGGCAGAGUUGAGGCAGCCUGCAGCUCAAUGGUACCGAAUCAUGGAGUUCCAGCUCAAACAAGCUCUCCUCCUUAUACUCUGAAUGUAUCUAAAACCACCUACAGCGCAGGAGAGAGACUCACAGUAACUCUCAGUACUAACCCAGGGGCGACCUCUUUUGCCGGGUUCCUGAUCCAAGCUCGUGCUGGAACCAACAGUACUCCUGUGGGUUAUUUUGAGACCAGUAAUGCAGAUACACAGACACUGACGUGUACCACUCCUGCAAGCGCAGUAAGCCACACAUCUAGGACACCAAAACAGAGUAUACAAGUCACAUGGGUGGCUCCAAGUACCAACAUUCCAGACAUUGCAUUCAGAGCCACAGUUGUCCAGACAGGAAUAAUUUUCUGGACGGAUCUUGCCAGCUCAACUCUUACUUUUGAAACAUCUGUGGCAAACAAUACUACAGACAAUGCCACAACGACAGCAAUUAGUAUUACAGGGAGCUACAAUGCUACAGCUACACCCAAUCAAUCUAAUGGCUUCAGCAGCGGAUCCCGACUCUCUAUGCCUGCGAUUCAUGAGCUCCUGUUCCUUGCAACAUUUGGGGUAAUUGUUCGCUUAGGACUUUGAAAUGGAUUCACAAUAAUGUCAAGAUGGAGAGCUUCACGUAUAACACAGAUCUUUGGAGUCAACCUCAUCCCUCCUUAGAUGUUCUUUUUACAUUUUUGAUUCUGAUUCACUGGCUAUUACUUGGAAUGUCUUUUUUAUUGCAACAUAUCAAACUACGUAGAAUGAUGACUUUAAAUAAAAACAAAUAUAUUGUUCCAUUA